CUCGCGCGCGCACAAAUUGGGCAGCAAUUGGGUAGCACGAGUGCAGCAAACGGCUCGUGGAGCCGCGCCGUAGCCUCCUCAAAAAAACGCACGACCACAGUUCGAGGCAGUAGACGCUGACACAAAAUAAAAGACAGGAGCCUCUUGGGCAGCCCCACCAUGCAACGGCGCCCCCCCAGCUCGCCGAUAACGACACCGCCUCCCGGAUACUUCGAUCCACCACCGCCGCCGCCGCGUCCGCCGCCGGGCGCGCCGUUGCCGCCCAGACCACCUGGUCCACCGCCGUAUCAACCACCGCCUGGCGCGUUCCUGGCCUUUCCGCCGCCGCCACCACCACCACCUAUGACGUCGCCCUUCGCCGCGGCCCUCGCCGAGUUCCCACCGCCGCCGCCGCCCCUCGACGCCCCGGGAGCACCGCCGCUCGAGUCGUCGCGCAUUUUGCAGUCGCCGCUCGAGCCUCGGCCCGUGCCGCCGCCGCCGCGCACGCCGCCACCCGGCAGCAACCCCUGGGACCGGCCGCCCGGGAGCCCGCAGACGCUGCUCUUCCGGACGCCGCCGCCGGGACCUCCACCGGGCCCGCCUCCCUUAUCAGCUUUCAGGACGCCGGGCGGGCCCGGUAUCCCGGGCCCGCCGCCCGGACCGCCGCCGCUCAGCGCCCUCCCGGGCCCUCCGCCGUUGCCCGGGCCGCCACCGUCGCAACCGCCUCCAAUACCGGAGCCGCGCGUGCUGCCGCCCUCGCCGUCGCUCGCCACGACGCCGUCGAGGCCGGUCGACGAGGACGCCGCCGUCCACGAAGCGCGAACAGCAUUAGAUGAAUACGACGCAAAGGUAGCCAAGGAGGCUUCCAGUAGAGACAACGCGUCCAUCUCGUUACUCAUAAGAGCCCUCCUCGACGCGUCGGAACGACGCGCGCGGGACGACGCCUGGGCCGAAGCUAUUAUAAGGGACGCCGUGGCCUGCUACGCGGGCGAGGACGGGAAGUGGGGUUUGAGGGAGUGGCGGUGCUUCUGCCGCGAUGCGCGCCUCGAGGAGCCGACGCCGGCGCCCGAGCUCAUCUGGCUCACGUUGUACGAUCGGGCGGCGACGUCGGGCGGCGGGUGUGCGCUGACGCGCGUCGUGCGCGCGGGCAUUGCCGACGAGCGCGCCGACGAGAUGCAAGUCGUGGAGCUCGUCGAAGCGCUGAGCGCGGCGCAUCUUGCCGCUCGUUCCAUGACCGAGGAUAUUGAUCAAUUCACGUGGCGCUUGUUGGCGCCGUGUGCCGCGCGCCAUCGGAACGGAGGCGGGCCCGGCGACGCGCGGAAGCUCGGCGCGUGCGACGGCCGGACGCUCGACGUCAUUCUGGAAUCACUACCGGCGUUGUGGGUGCUCUUCGGGGCCUACGCGCGCGACGGGCAUAAUAAGAGGGCGCCGCAGGACUUUCUGGACGCGUUCCCGCUGAGCGUGCGUUUUGCCGCGUCCUAUUUCCGUCGUUUCCCUACCGCUUCGUGCCUAUCGACGCGACGCAUCUUGCGACCUCCGCGUCGAUGGCGUCUCUAUCCCCUCCACACGUCGCCGACGCGACCGCUUCCCGUCCGCCGUCUGUCUUUCCCUAUCGCUUCGUACAUAUCGACGCGACUCGUCUUGCGAGCUCCGCGGCGAUGGCGUCGAACCCACACAGGCCAAGGUCGCGGAGAAGGCCGCCUCGGGCGCGGGCGACGGCGACGCCGCCUUCGAGCGGGAAUUACGACGGGACGGCGUCGCGCCCGCCGACUACGCACUUUCAUUGACGCCGCAGCGCUUCGUACUGCUGUGCGACGACGUCGGGCUCUCGGACGUCUGCGCGCCCGGCCAAGCGCUGGCCUGCGCGAAGCGCGCGAGAGUGGCGCGUGCAGCGAGCUCGCCCAAGCAAGCGCCGCAGCGCGCCGCCUUCCAGUCUCCCCUCCUGAAAACAACCGCGGCACAGCGGCUCCGGGAGCGGGCCGUCGCGAAGCGGCGCCAGGAGCGGACGAGGGAGACGGACACGAACCUCGCCUUCACGUGUUCUUCGUAUCGAGCCGCGCCGCGGCCGCGACCUCCCACCGCGACGACGCCGCGCCUCGCGAAGGUGAAAGGACUGUCGUUCUGCGAGUUCGUCGAGGCUUUGGUAAGCCUCGGUGACGCCGCCCUCGCGGCCGACGCGCACCUGCGGAGCCUCUACCCGUCGCCGCCCGAGCGCUGCCGCGCCAUCUUCGACGUCUGGUGCCUCGCGGACGUCUGCGACGAGGUCGCCGCUCAAGCUGUCGCGAGCGCGCCUCGGCCGCGGUGGCGGAGUUCUUUUGCCGCGCGGCCGACGCGCGUUUCUCGCAGCUAGCGUAAAGACGCUUAGCAUCAAAA